AUGGUCGCGGCGACCAUGGGUGCGAAUGGCGCGCCAUCCAGCAUGGGCUCCCGUGAGCAAAGCGCUCUAAGCCAGCCCGUUGUCGUCGCCCGACAGGCCCCUCCAGCUGUUCCGGCUGCAGCCCCCCCUGCCUCUGUUCCUGUUCCUGGGCAACAGGCAGAUGGUGACAAGAAUGGAGGCGACAAGAAGAAGGGGGGUGGCGACGGAGAUCGCAACGAUGGUGAUCGUGGUGGACGUGACGGAGAUCGCAAUGGUGGUGAUCGAGAUGGUCGUGAUGGAGAUCGCGGCGGCGACCGAGACUGCCGCGAGGAAGAUCGUGGACGCGACAGAGAUGGAAGAUCGUGUUGUGUCCGAGGAGGGCGCGGAGGAGGGCGCGAUGGCGAUCGUGAUGGUGAACGCAAGGUUGCUCGCCAGGAUCGCAACGGAGACCGCGAUGGAGAACGCGGUGGAGACCGCGAUGGUGAUCGGAACGGCGGUGAUCGGGGUGGCCGAGGCGGUGACCGCGAUGGUGACCGCGAGUGCUUCCGUGACGGCGAUCGCGGCGGCCGCGGUGGUGAUGGCGAGAGACGCCCUCCUCCUCCCCCGGCCGCUCCUCCGGGCUUCCCCGCCCCAUUCCCCGCGCCGCUUCAGCCCCGGCCUGGAUUUCCCGGUGCGCCUGGCGCCUAUCCUCCUGGAUUCCCUGGCGCGUUCCCCCCCGGCCCUCCUCGUGACCCCGACGGAGACCGCGAUGAGGACAAGAAGAAGCCUACUGAGGACAAGAAGCCUGCGUCGGUAUAA